AAAGAACUGGACCCCAGCCGCCCUUCCUCAUUUCAAACUUUACGCUCAACUCAAACGUCAACACACUUCUCAUCCCGUAACCUUCCCCAACACAACCACCAGCUAUGUUCACCAAGGCCCUCGCUCUCUUCGCCCUCGUGGCCUCCGUCUCUGCAAACGCCAUCAACUUCUCCAACGUUGCUGGUGCUACCUACGCUGUCGGUCAGACUUACGACGUCGACUGGACCUACGACCCCAACCGACCCGAGCCUUUCCCUGGCAACACGGACGCUCCUUUCACUCUCAAGCUCGUGGACCAGCGCAACGGCCCCAACACGGGUACCGCCAUCGAGCCCCCCGUCCUCUCCAGCACCUUCUCCGCCCUAAAGGGAAAGAUCACCAUCCCCAACAUUGCCCCCGGUCCUAGAUUCACUUUCGCGAUCACCUCUGGAACCGUCACCGUCUACUCUGAACCCUUCGUGCUUACCGGUGGAAACGGUGGCAACAGCACUACCCCUACCACCCCGGCUGGUUCCAACACCACUCAGACUGGCACGGUAGCGGGCACCACCCCAACUGCUGGAACUUCUUCCGCUGUCGCUUCCAUCACCGCCUCCGCCAGCUCCGCCAUCGCGUCCAUCACUUCCGCUGUCGGUGGAGCAGUGUCCAGCGCCACCAGCGCUGCUGGUGCCGCCGCCACUGGAACGGCCGCCAAGAACUCUGGCUCUGCCAACCUCCCCGCCCUUGCCGCUCUCGCCCUGCCCUUGGCCGCUCUCGCCAUGGCGUGAGAACUGUGCAUAAUAUAUAGCAUAUACUGUCUCCAAGUGUACU